AUGGUCAAUUACCCUCCCCUCGAUGGAUCUCUGUCCAUCCCUGAAUUGGUGGAAUUCAAUGCGCAGCAUAACUCGGACGUCCCCUUCUUUGUCUACGACAAACCUGACGGCAAUUGCCUGGUCUCUAUCUCACAUUUAGACUUCUAUCGAGCUUGUCAUCGGGCCGCCCAGGCAAUCAGGCCAGCCUGUGCAGGCGCAGACAGAGAAGUGGUUGCCCUCAUCGCGAACUCCGACACCCUUCUUUACCAGACGGUAUUCAUGGGUAUAAUAUUCGCUGGGCUAGUUCCAUUCCCCAUGUCCCCUCGUAAUUCCGUGGCGGCAGUCACGAGCAUGAUGCAUAAAACAGGAUGCCGUCGUUUGAUCACGACUCAGCACUCUCUUGCUUCCCUGAUCGACGGAAUCAAAGCGAGUUUUGUGUCUGUAACUCAAACGAGUCAGCUGCAGAUCGACGAGAUUCCGGCGCUGAAACACCUGUACCCCUCGCUCGUUAGUGGAACUCUAAUUGAGGAUAUUGUCCCGUACUCUUUCCCACGUUUGCCGUUGUCUGAGAACAAUGUGUUAUUCUACUUGCACUCCUCUGGCAGCACUGGCUUUCCCAAACCCAUUCCAAUAGGUAACCUGACUGCCAUCCACUGGUGCAUAACGCCAUGUAUGGUUGACCUCGUCGACUUUCCUGUUCCCAUCCGCAACUGUGGUGCAUCUUUGCCAUCAUUCCAUACCCUUGGUAUACAUUUUCAGCUGUUUGCCCCCAUCGCCACCCUGAGCAGUGCGUCUAUUUACCCACCUACAUCCCUCCUCGAUCCCUUGGCGACCCCCGUAGUACCGAACUCGCAAAAUAUCUUGGACUCUAUACUCAAGACGAAAUCGAACGCUUUGAUAGUCGUGCCUGCCUUUCUGGAACAAUGGGCAUUUUCGCCGAGUGCUGUCGAUGUUCUGAAAACCCUGGUAUAUAUUGCCUAUGGUGGUGGUCCUCUCGCGCCUAAGGCGGGAAAUUCCCUGGUGAAUGCGGGGGUCAAGAUUUCUUGUGGUUACGGCGCUACAGAAUUUGGUAUACUCACUUAUUCCAUCCGAAAUUCGGUCGAUCAAAUGUUGUGGGAAUGGAUGCGAUUUGGACCAAAUUCGAAGAUCAGAUGGGCUCCACAGGACGAUGGCACAUACGAAUGUCAAGUUUUGACAACCCCAACGCAUCAAGUGUCAGUGGAGAAUCUUCCGGACGUCAAAGGUUAUGCUACUUCGGAUGUAUUCAUCAAGCACCCUACGAUAGAGGGUUUGUGGAAGAUCGUAGGAAGAAUGGACGACGUUUUGGUACUCUCCUCCGGGGAGAAGACAGUACCAGCUCCCAUGGAAGGCAUUAUCUGCGUCAACCCCUACGUAGCCGGCGCCGUCGUCUUCGGCCGUGGACGGAACCAAGUUGGGGUCCUCAUAGAACCACGAGCAGGGUGCGAAAUUGACGUUGAUGAUGAGAAACAACUUGCUGAGUUUAGGAAUCGAGUGUGGACGGACAUAGAGGAAGCGAAUAAAGAGGCUCCUGCCUUCAGCAGGAUCUUCAAAGAGAUGAUUCUUGUGACACGCAGUGAGAAGCCCAUGCUUCGAGCUGGGAAAGGGACCGUCACAAAGAAAGCAACCGUCAAGCUGUACGAGAAGGAAAUCAAUGCACUAUAUGAAAAGGUGGAGGGCAGCGUUAGAGCAGGUACCGAUGUACCUUUGCCUACAAGCUGGACUGCGGAAGACGUCGAGGGAUGGCUCAAGGUCCACGCUGCUGCUGUGAACGCCGACAAGGCAGUUGAUCCUGAAGCAGACCUUUUUGCUCAGGGCUUUGACAGUCUCUCCGCGACAUUCCUCAAAAACCGCAUUAUCGGCUCUCUCAGCUCAUCUUCAGAUCGCGACCUUCAGGCAUCAGCAUCGCGGAUUGACCAGAACAUCAUAUUUUCAAGUCCUUCAAUUCGCCGGCUCGCGAUAAGCGUCAUUGAUGCAGUAUUGCAACGAAAUGGUACAAGUACCGUCGAUGCCAAGGCUGAUAUCGAGAACAUGAUAAGGAAGUAUUCAGUCGGAUUAGGGGACUCUGUCACAGAGGUCAACACCGCUCUAGUCAAUGGAUGCAACCAAAGCAAUCAUGUGGUUGUCCUGACCGGGUCAACGGGUGGUCUUGGGUCAUACCUACUUGCAGACCUACUCCAGCGCGAGGAUGUGUCUGUGGUAUAUGCCUUCAAUCGCCCGUCAAAGGGGGCAUCCAUUCAACAACGACAGGAGGACUCGUUCAAAGAUCGCGGUUUAAAUGUUAACCUGCUUCAGUCAAAAAAACUAGUGUAUGUGGAAACUGAUACAUCUGAUGAUCGCCUAGGUCUGGAUAGGGAGCUAUAUCAAAAGAUCUGCACGUCUGUCACUGUCAUCAUUCACAACGCUUGGCGACUUGACUUCAACCUGGCGCUCUCGUCGUUCGACACUCAUGUGCGGGGAACGCGGAAUCUUAUAGACUUGGCACUAUCUUCUCCGCGUCAUCCAAAGCCACGUUUCAUGUUCGCAUCUUCCAUCUCAUCUGCUCAAAGUUGGGAUAAAGCGAAAGGACCAUUCCCUGAAGAAGUAGAAUAUGAUGCAGGGGUUGCAGUAGGUCUUGGCUAUGGCGCAAGCAAAUAUGUUUCGGAAAGGGUUCUCGUCAAUAGCAAGUUGCCAGUAUCAUCAUUCAUAAUUGGACAAGUAUCAGGAGGACCCCCGCGAGGAGCUUGGUCCACGACAAACUGGGUACCGAUCAUCGUCAAGUCAAGUGUAAUCCUAGGCGCACUUCCGGAAGCUAAAGGAGUGAGUUCAUCACUAUCAAGGUUUGUGUCUUGGAUCCCUCCCCACGCCAUAUCAAAUUCUAUUCUUGAUGUAGCUUUCGCGAAAGAAGAACCUCCCAUCGUGAUGAAUCUGGUUCAUCCGAGACCGACCGCAUGGAACAUGUUGAUACAGCCCAUGGCGGACGCCCUGGUUGAGCAUAAAGUAACAAGUUACCCGCUACCUCUUGUGCCAUUCUCGGAGUGGCUCAAUAAGCUCGAAUUGAGCGCCAAGAACUUGAGCGAAGAGACCAUGAAGCGUAUCCCUGCUAUCAAGCUUCUCAACUUCAUGCGUUCCAUGGCUCAAUCAGACAUCGCGAUCAGGGCGUCUGGAGAGAUGGGCACUGAAGCAGGUGGCAUGACUUUAUUCGCCACCUCCGUAGCUGAACGCGCCAGUCCAACGAUGAAGGAGUUGAAGGAACUGUCUUCGGCAGACGCGGCACAGUGGGUGGAUUAUUGGAUGGCAAUGGGGAUGUUUGAUUGA